AUGGCAGUCUCGGAACCAAUGAAUGGCCAUUCUGCAGGGUCCACGACGACAAUCACUCACUCGAGUCCGUUUUUGCCGCCGCGCAAUGGCGAACAAACCAGACAAGCUCUGGUGAUUCUGAACAGUCCCAUCCGAUCACCUCCCAGCCCAUUGUUUCAAAAACUGUGGGACAGUUGUUGCUUUCACGUGUGUGCCGAUGGUGGAGCCAAUCGCCUCUAUCGUGCCGAUCCUGGCUUACUACCCGACUUGAUUCGAGACAGCAAUGAUUUGGACAAGGCAUUAUCGGCAAUACUCCAGAAAAAAUCGAUGGAUACACAACAACAACAAUACACUCGCAUUAUAAUAUACGGCGCCUUUGGAGGCAGAUUUGACCAAGAAAUGGCAAGCAUUCAAGCCCUCUACAAGUGGGGUCCACAGUUUCAAAACAGACUGGUUUUGAUAGAUGACAAUACCAGCGCCGUGCUGUUACCAGCCGGUGUCAAGAAUGAAAUUCGCAUGCCUCGUUAUGGAGAUCAAACUGGAAAACAACAAAAGGAUCUGGGUGAGGGCCCGACUUGUGGAUUGAUUCCUAUAGGAACCAAAUGUGAGAAAAUAGUUACUACGGGAUUCAAGUGGAACCUAGAUGGUACAAUACCCUUGGAAUUUGGAGGUCUUGUCAGCACUUCCAACCAUUUGUCCGAAGAAGUUGCUACUGUAGAAGCAUCGCAUCCAUUGGUGUUCACUGCCGAAGUUGCAUGUGGAAUAGAGGACGUAUUCUAG